UCCACUCCUCCUUCGAAUCUCUCUAUCUUCUUCCUUUUAUCGAAUCCCUUUCCCCUUUUAAGACACAUUUCCUUUUUUCUCACCGCCUCCUCGUUUAUACCAAACACUGUUCUUUUAUCUUCCUGUCCGAAUCAUAACCAAAAAACCAGACUGAAUGGGAGCUGGUACAGUUGUGAGAGAUCGAGUACGGAAAGAUCUCUCUGAGAUUUCCAACAAAACGACGAAACCCAUCGUUUCUGCCUCUCCGGAGAUUCGUUCAAACUCACGGAAGAAGAUCCAACGGCGGAGCAAGAAAGCUGUGAUCUCUCCGGUGCAGAAGCUCUUCGAAACUUGCAAGAAAGUAUUCGCUAAUGGCAAAUCCGGAGCCGUCCCGUCCCAAGAACACAUCAACAUGCUUCGAGCCGUUCUGGACGAAAUCAAGGCUGAAGAUGUUGAUGUGAGCUCUAAGAUGCCGUGUUUUCGAUCUAAAUCGAACGGACGGCCUCCAGUGACGUAUCUCCACAUCUACAAAUGUCAUAGCUUCUCGAUGGGCAUUUUCUGUUUACCACCGUCUGGUGUAAUCCCACUUCACAAUCACCCGGAGAUGACUGUGUUUAGUAAGCUCUUGUUUGGUACAAUGCACAUCAAAUCCUAUGAUUGGGUCGCUGAUUCUCCCCAGCCGAGUUCGGAUACUCGUUUGGCGAAAGUGAAAGUGGAUUCAGACUUCACGGCACCUUGUGACACUUCUAUACUCUACCCUGCCGAUGGAGGGAAUAUGCAUUGCUUCACCGCGAAAACUGCUUGUGCGGUUCUUGAUGUUCUUGGUCCUCCAUACUCCGAUCCUGCAGGACGUCACUGUACGUACUACUUCGAUCAUCCAUUCUCAAGCUUCUCAGUCGAUGGAGUUGAGGUUGGGGAAGAGGAGAAACACAAGUAUGAGUGGUUGAAGGAGAGGGAAGAGGAGCCUGAGGAUUUGACUGUUACGGCGAUGAUGUAUAGUGGACCAAUCAUCAAAGAAUGAAUGUGUAGGAGAAAGAAAAAAGUCUCUUUUUGUUGUUGUUUUUUUAACUUUUCUUCGUGUGGUUUUUGGGUUUCUGUUGGUUUUGUCUGUAUAUAAAAAGAAGUCUUUGAAAGUACACACAGCACAAGGACAAAUCUUGAAUUUGGAUCAACGAAGAACAGUAACGCAAGUA